UCGGAGCUGGAUGUGGCACAAAACUCUUUCUAAAAGCAUAUUAUGAUUAAUCUAUUAGUAUGAGAGCUACAACUCGGUCUGGACGACGUCGAAAAACCUAUUGUGUCUACAAGCUUUUGCCUCUCAUUGUUAGGAACAAAAGCUCUAGAAACUCACUGACCUGUUAGUCGCUGGUUAUCGUGAAAAAUCGGCCAAAGCAACUGCAGAACGGAAGACUUCUUUGCAAUUCUGAUUGAAUCAGCUACCAUUAGUAAGAUGAGAGGCUAAUCAUACAGUGCAAUCAAAGGUAACAGUAUUUCUAACGACUUGCCAUUCUGUCAACUACAAAUAGGGCCUCUGCGUGAGAACUACAAUGCCACACAAUCCAACACUAUUGAUCGUGGAAAGGAAAAUGUUGUCGUGCAUUUACAUUUUGCCCAUGCUAAAUUUAUGCAACCGCACAAGAUAUUAAUGUGCACGAUGGCAUCGUAAGCAGAUUGCUUGCAACCCUCACAUUGGACCGAUAAUCUAAGACCCCUAAUGCCUCAAAGAAAAUAACGCAAGAAUAACGCAUGAGAUUGUAAAGCCCAGAAUAUAAAAUCUGAAAAUUUCUCCUCAAUUUCUUUCACAGCCAAAUAGCUUUGAACUGUUACCGUAACAUUUGCGGGAUGUGAGAACUCUCUACAGUUCCACGAUGGUGUGUUCAAGAGGGGGGCUUGAGGGUAAAGCUGUCCACCCACUUCGGGGAGAGAGGAAGAACUUUCCAAUUGGCAAGAGACCCUUUCCCAGAACAGCCUUUGAUCGUGACUCGUGUUCCACAAUAUCCUCCACUUUCGGCUGAAAAUGGUCCCUUCUUCUGAGCCAAGGGAUUUGGCCGCCUCUUUGCAUUUUUUCCUUCUUUGAGUGCUUAAUUGUGGAAAACCCUCCGAGCUCGCGUUAAACUAGGUUGCAUUGGAUUUGUAUUGGUUGGUCUGCUCUAGGUUGCUGGCUGGUCAAGGUUGCCACUGAUUUGAUCAAGAAGCAGAUUUAAGUAUGCUAUGAGGGUAAAAUCAGCAGCAACAGAAAGCAUCCGCAGGUUUCGUACAAUUUGUGUUGCAGCCACCACGAUCCACUACCCCUCUGCCUUUUCCCUCUCCUGGUUUUCUCACACCAUGAAGGCGUGUGAGAGAUUUUGAAGAACACGGUAGUGUGGUUGCAAGGUCGGCCAGCCUUUCGUGUCUUGUUGAAGCAAAAUGGUACCCAUCUCAGGUCCCUCCUGCAGAACAGGGCUUCCGCUGAUUUUCAUGUUAUGUACCUUUACUCUUGUUGUGUUGGGGGAGGUGGUUACUGGAGAGCUGAUUUUUCUCGAAAGGAUUCGCGGUAGCCCAAAAUUACUAGGUGUUUCUGGUGGAGCCCAAGAUGAGCCUCUCAAAGUUAUAGAUCAGCAAGUUGUUCAGAGUCGGGGAACUUCUGGAGGAGCAAUUGUUCAGAGGCUUGAGGAAUUUUUCGACCAUGACGAGGCCAAACUAAUGACGGAGAAUGUCAGGAAUCGCGAGCUGAAGGCAGUGCCGACCCCAACGGUUUCAAACAACACCAACACUAAUAGUACAAGUGCUACCGUUGCUCCAGUUAGUCCGCCACCCAUUCAAUCAAAAAGAAAUACUUCUCAACCCGCCUUUCCAGUAAAUGGUACGGUUACACCCACGCUACCCACUCAGAAUUCAAGCACGGGUGGUGAGAAUCAGUCACUGCAUGGCGGAAUUUGCGAUCAUGGGCAUGUAAUAGGCAAAUUGAUGGCUGCUGACAGGGAUGAUGAAGAUGGUAUCUAUAACUACCCCCUAACUAUUUCAAAUUCUGAAAACUCGAAAUUAAAUGUAACCAUCAAGACUCCAGAUGGCUGGGAAGCAAAGCCAAAAGAGUUGGUGCUAGAGAAAGAGAAGGCUAUGCUUGUCACCAUCUCAAUGACUGAUAACGAAAUUAUAGGACGUGGAGCACAGAUCAACAUAAGCUGGGGUAAAGGAGAUUGUUACGUCGUUGUUCCCUCUCAGAAGAUUGUGGAUAAUGUGGAUCAUUCCUCAUACAUGGAUUACGUGACUGCUUCGGAGGUUUUUCCUUUGGUUCUCGGAGGCAGCGUGGGGUUCAUUCUGCUACUAUGCAUAGCGGGCGUUUGGGGCUGUGUUUCAUGGCGAGCCCGUUCUCGGCGUCACGGUGAUGCAAACACCAAAUACCAAGAACUAGAAAUAGCAUUACCAAAAUCAGUGGCCAAGGGCGAUGUUGAGGCGCCUCUUUCAACUAAUGGGUGGGAUGAAGUAUGGGAAGACGAUGAUUGGCAGGACACAGAAGCUGUCCGGGCUUCUUCUACAUCUCUCACUGUAUCUGCAGCUGGACUUAACUCACGACGAGAAAAUAAGGAUGGGUGGAAUAGCACCUGGGAUGACUAAGUAAUGGUUCAUCCAGUGUAUUGUUGACAAAGUAUUGGGUUCCACAUACAAAGUCAGGCAGGCAGGCAGACAGACAGACAAACAGAGACAGAUGGACUAACAAAGAACAAGGACAAUCCUAAUUCGAUUGUUCUAGUAACACUGAGCUAUUAGUAAUGCUUUCGUGUUUUUGCUCUUCUUGUCUGUCGAUAUGUGGCUAUCAAUAGGAUUUCUUAUUGCAAAUCUGGCAUCCUGCGAUUGUGUUGUAUUAUUUACUACAUUGUAGGAAAUGCAUUGCAAAGGAUGAGGUUGCAGUUAGACGGUGUCCUUCAACUAGGCAGCAGAUAGGAAAGUGGCGUGGAGCCAUUUGUCGAAAGAGAUGUUACAGUGUGCUUGUGCUUAUGAUGUUUUUCAUUUUGGAGUAAGAGAUGUCUUACUAUUAUUGAUAUUUUUUACAUGUAAGUACCAUUA